AUGGGUGUAAGUGCCGUAGCGCUAACCUUGAUCAAUCUGGGAGUGUGUCCUUCAUUGGCCUAUGAAAUUCAGGGACAGGAGGCCGAUGCCUCCGCACUGGAGACUGAGAUGUUGUUGCGAAAGGAGCCCCGGCAGUUCGAGCUGCUAGAGGCAGAUUCUCAAGCAGCAAGUCAAUCCACACAGUCUCCUUCCAGCGACUUUGAUAGUUCCUCUGGCCUUUGGAGAGAAAUUCGCAAGAGGGCUAAGAUCACCGCCGAGGAGCCUUUUUCCGCUGAGGGCCCACCGGCAGUGGUCUACAGCGCUCAAACAGCCUCAGCUGCAGCGACAAUCAUCAUGGGGAUGACCACUGCCUUCAUGGGGCUCUUCUGCCUCACCCAAGCCAACCAUCCACCACUUCAGCAGGCCACCUGGAAGACGCUGAAUUCCUGUCUCUCAUUCUUCAGUGCUUUGCUCGUGUAUUACCUUGUGAGAGAAAUCACCAACCUGAUGGUUACAGAUGAGAUGGUCGCAGAGGAGGCUUCAAUAAAAGGCCUGAGGAGAGGCACUGGCACAAUGCCUGCAAUGGCACACAGCGGCACGGGGGCUGUCUUGGUAGCCUUGCUACGCUUCUUUCUCAGCCUCAUUCUUCAACAGAGCCUGCUUGUCCUUGGCAGGCAACGGAAGGUCCUUGUUUCCGUCACCUACACCUUUGGCGCACAGUUGGUUGGUAUGCUGGGGGCAGAUGCCUUUGCUAGCUGGCAGGAAGCUCCUUCGUGGACAGCGUCACCAGCUGCCAGCUUUGGCCUGGUUUGCAUCACCAUUCUGAUCUUAGCCUUCGUCUUCAGCACAGCUCGCUUCUUGCGAAGCAAGGUUAGCGACGCGGAUGACGAGCUGAAGGAGAAGUGGCGACAAAGUGACAGCACCAUCGUGUCAAUGACUAUCUCGCUGACGCUCUUGCAGUUUUGGCGAUUUGUCCUUGCAGGGCGACUGCCUCACUUUUCGGAAAUCCAAAGAUCCGAGUACAAGAACUCGGAAACUGCAUAUCUCUUUGUGACGCUGCCUUUCCUCCUGCUGAUGAUUCUGCUGGAAAAAGCCUUCUCUUUGGUGCAAGCACCUGCCGAAGGUACGUCCGGUAUGACCAUGUGGAUGCAUCACGCCCUUGCAAUCCUAUCGUUGAUGCCGCGCAUUUUUGCUUUUGCAUCAGCAUGGUGUGCCUUAUUUUGUGCCAAGUGGCUUGACUAUGGCAUCUUGAUGCAGGGUGAGCUGGCCAGUGCCGGAGAUGUCAUGAAAGGAGAGAUGUACACCGCCAUGAUCAUGACUGGCAUAGGCUUUGCUUGCAGCCUGCUAUUUAAUCUCUGGUGCGAGAAGAUGCCUGGGAUGUCCUGCUUCCUUGCUCUUCUGUCGGAGGUUUGCUGCUUCCUCGUGUCCCUGAGCUGGGACAGCACCUUCCAGAUGGCGUGCGCCUUCAGCAAGGACCAAACGAAGUCUAACUUUGACCAAGUUUUUGCUCGCUGCACGCAGUGUCAGUGGAUGUGUAUUGUGUUGAUACCCUCCUGGCUUUUCUUUGUUCAUCCCCGCGCGCAAGCUGAAGAGAAUGGCCCAAAGGAUGGAGCAGAGGUUGAGAAAGAUGCCAAAGGAGCUAGCCAGAAACCUGCUGAAAAGCUCCCGGAGAGCCAGGCGCCAAUGAAAGAGGAACCCAAGGAGCAGCCUGAGGAACAGCCCAAAGAGCAGCCUAAAGCCGGUGAAGAAGAGUGA